AGCCAUUUAGAUCAGUCUAUCAUGAACGAAACCAGUAGUCGUCUGGGGGGAUAUUGCUCUAUCUGCUGGAGGCGAGAUGGUGUCCAAGGAGCCAUUUUACAACAGUGCCAUGACUGCAAAGUCCUUUUCCAUAACGAUUGCUACGGCAUGCCAUCCGAAAUGGCCCGCGAUCCGCACUUGUUGUGCCAUGCUUGUAAAUCCGUCGGCGACGUCAUCAAGGUGCGCCAGCGAGACAGCACUGGCAAGAGAAUUGCCAUUGAAAUCAAGGAACGGCCUACAGAAUGCUGUCUCUGUAGUGUUGACGAUAAGGAAAUUUUGCUCCCGAUGCAUCCGGUGUACGAUGACUACGGCUCGUCCGGGAGACAAAUCCUACUCCCGGCAGAUCCUACCACGAACCGAAAGAAGCGGCUAGCAUGGGCACAUUCCCUUUGUGCCUUUGUCAUUUGUUCCACUCCGCAGACGGCAGGGUGCGUUUACGGGACAACACGAGAGGGUACAUUCGAUGGUGUCGAAUCGGAAGAUGAUACUUCUGUGGAAUCCGUCAACUCUUAUCUCGACGAAGAUAGAGACGAUAUAACAAUCCAUCACUUUGUCUACGUACUUGAUAUUCAGAGUAAACAAAAGAACAAAGAUUGGACUGAGCGCAUCAGACAAAAUCAGAUUUCGAUGAAGUGCAUCUAUUGUGGGAGAGAUGACAGGCCCGAGUACUCUUACCGAAUUCCAAUCCAGUGCUGUGCCAACGACGACACGGAGUUUUCAGAGUUUCGCGGAAAACACCCUUCAAUUGCACUAGACGAUACAUGCUUUCAGGCCAUGCACGUUGGGUGCGCAAUGUACGGGAGGAACGAAGCUGGCGAGCUGCCUGACUUUCGUAGAGUCUUUUUCUACCCGGGUAAAGCGGAUGGAGACGAGUCCGAUUCCUCCACCAACAACCACUACGUUGACUGCGUAUCUAAUGCCUUUUGCGAUAUUCAUGCUAAAGAACUGGGCAAAAAAAGCCGCUUUCCUGCUGGUUCAAAGGUUGCCAGACAGAUCACUCGUACUUCGGGGCAGCGGGACCCGUUAGUUUCUCCGCGAAAGCUUGCACCCAAAACCACUGGGAAAAAAAAAGGACUGGCCUCGAUGUACGAGAGGAGAAGCCCAGCACGUUCGAAUACUGUUCCGGUAUCAGGAAACAAGCGUGUCAGGUUGGCGACACUUGUAACAUCUUCCCAGAUUACUGAGGAUAGGAUCAGAUCUGGAACGGACAAAGGGAAAACGCAGGUUCCCUUGACAAACGUUGGAAAGAAAUCUUUUAUGAAGCCUUUGUCUGUAUCUAAAUCAGCCACGCGGAAGCUUUCCGACUAUGUAAAUGACAAACAAAAAUCUAGCCGCAACCAAAUAUGCGAUAAGCCGGAUGCUCCAAAGGAUAUGGAUGCAGCUCUCCAAGUUCAUUUGAAAGUACUCAUCAAGGAUAUUUCUGCUGAGUUGGAUGAAGUGGGAACACGCGAUGUUUCUAUAGUGAAGACAACAAUGCAAAGGCUUAGAGCAAAGUGGAAACGCGAAUGUCAAAUUUUGGGAAUAACAUCUGUUGAUUUCGUCGAACUGUGGCGUUAUGCGAAAGCUUCCAUCGGGAAGAAGUUCGGAAUAGCGUUUACUAGUUUGAAAAGAAACAGGGUUGCCCAGCCGAUAGUACCCCAAGCCGACGAAAAAUUGCACUCCAUCGAGAAGUGUACUGAUGGAGAUACAACAUGCAAAAUACCAUCUCGUGGCAAACAGAAUGGAGCAAGUAUGGACAGGACGACGAACGUUUCAUGCUCCAGUGACAUUGACAAUGGCCCUUUGAACAAGCCCUCGGUUUCCGUUCAAAAGGUGACCAAGAAGAAGCUAGAUAAAAUGUCGCUCGAGGAGAUAGCCACCAGCUUACAGAAUGCGGCAUCGAACGUUGAAUCUCACUGUUUACAUGCUUUUCUCGAAACACAAAAAGACUUGUGGAAAGAAAAGAAAAUUGUCGCCGAAGGCAAGUUCGAAAGCGUUUGGAGCAGCGUGUCGAAAAUAGUUCACCGAAACCACAAGUCUCGCAGUAAAGGCAAUCAAAUUGAUUGGAGUUAUCUUGUCGUUGGAAAGAAAUACGAUCCCGAUAGAAUGGAUUUUUCCAAGUGGGAUACUUACGAAGAACUAAGAUAG